AUGGCAGCGCGGCCCGACCCCAAAGCUGUGGCCAAGCUCAUCUCCUUCGGGACGACUCAAGACCGGAAAAUGUUCCCCUACCACUGUGCCCCAGACAGGCUGGGCAUCGAGAUGCUGGGGCUGAGGGGCAGCCCCCGGCUGGGGCCGGGCUCCUACCUGGGGCCGGAGAGCAGCGUCCUGCAGCCCUGGGAGAGCAGGCGGCCCCUGAGCAGCCGGGGCUACGCCGUGGGAGCCAGGACGGCGCCGCGCUUCCAGCACGGGGAGCCGGGCGCCUACGACAUCCCCGAGCCGCGGGCCCGGCGCGUGGCCUGGCCCGGCCGCUUCGGGGCCCCCGCGCCCGGAGCGCGGCCGCAGCCGCAGCCCCGCAUGGUGAAGGUGCAGGUGCAGAAGAUGACCGUGGAUAAAAAAUUCCAGAAAAACCAGGAUAGAGAGGCGUACCUGAAGCUCUACUACAGCUGAGGAGAAAUCUCUUCAUUUGCAGACGCUCACCCGCAGCACCAGGCCAAAUAAAUCAAAUAUUUUAAUUGCUUUUUCAUGUUUUAAAUGCUUUUUAAUGUUUUUAAUUCGCUCUGCUCAGCUCAGCUCAAUCUUAUUAUUUUAUUAUGAACAUAAUUAAUUAUUAUGUUCCUUUUUGGAAUUAAUAUUAAAUUUAAAUUUAUUAAUUUUAAUUGAUAUUUUAAUAUUAAUUUUUAAAAUUAAUGAACAUAGUAAUACUAAAUACCUUUAUUUAAUAAUACUAAAUACCUUUACCAAAAAAUUAUUAUUAUUCCUUUUUUACGAACACAAAAAUCACAAUUUGCCCGUAAGGAGAUAAAAUUUCUUUUAUUAUGAACAUAAAAACCACAAUUUUCAUUCCACUUUUUUUUUUCCUUCCCCUACCCAGCAAGGGAUUUUUGUCCUUGCAGAAACCAAAAAGCAAAGUUACAAAAAGAUAAAAUUUGGGAUAUAUACAAACAUUUACAGGUGUUCUGUACAUUUUUCUCUCUGUACAAGGAAGGCACAGCAGAAGUGACAGUGGCACACGGGGGGAGAGUUUGAGAUUUAAUUUCUGAUUUUUUUGGGCAGAAAAUAAUUGAAAAAAAAAAAUUUUUUUAAAUUUUUGUCCUGCCUGGGUGAUGGGGGAAGAGGGGGGAUCCUUUUCACUGCCUGGAAGAGAAAUUGGAAUUUUGGGGAGAUUGGAACAAAGCUCAGGAGCUUUUUCUGAUGGAAAUUGAACCCGUAUUUUGGGUUGAAGAAAACCUUUUUUGGUUUUCUUUAACCCAAAAAAAAGAAGAUUUUUCUUCUUUAUUUUACCUAAGAAAUGCUGAAGGGAAAUGAAAGCAAAGCGCUCCAGAACCAGCCAGUAACGACAACAGUGGCGUGGAAAUAGAGGAAUAAAGGGGUGAAAUAAAGGGAAAAAAGGGAGGAAAUAAAGGAAAU